CAUCUCAGCAUCAUCAUCCCAAUGACUGUGAAGGAAGCUCUGUAGCAAAAUCAUCAGUUUUAAUAUUUUACAUUUUAGUGAGAAAGCCGGACUUAUUGAUUCGGAAUUUUUAACUCGACUAAAAUGAUCAGAUGGGGAACAAGAUUAACAGUUGCGACCUUCUGACGUCAUUCGCUUUACUAGCUGUCAAAAUCUGCACGACAAUUAUCAAGAAAUAUUUGUUGUUGACUUUGUACUUUGAUCAAGUUGAUGUGAGAUUGAUCUUCUGAACGUAACGUUAGUCACAGUGAAAUCGUACGAUAAUUACUGAGAUAACGAAAAGUAGUGAGUUUUACGUAUGAGUUAUAUUUAACAUUGAGUUUUUGGUUAGUUAGUUUUCAGUUACGUGUCAGUUAGUCUUAGUGUAACAUCAAAUACUCGUACUCAUAACGACGUACGGCGUAUGAUAAUACUAAUAAAAACCAGUGGCAGUGGAAACCUGUAUACAAGGUAACACAUUUAGAACUUAGAAAUGGCUAGUUUUGGAAAACGAAAGCGAACACAUGAAAAUAAAGCUAACGAUGACUUACAGUCAAGCUUACCAACUGACUCUUUAAAUCAUUAUCUUGCCUCUAGUUCUUUAGAGAGAUGUUGUCGACCAGCACCUUUCAGCGAUGAUCCUGAAGCAGAGCGAGAGAGAGAAAGCUGUGACUAUUCUGUUCGAAUCACCAUGGAAAUGGCUAAAAGUGGUGAUGCACCAAGGAAGAUUAGAGUGUAUGCUGAUGGAAUCUACGAUCUCUUUCACCAGGGCCAUGCACGGCAGCUAAUGCAGGCCAAAAGUGCUUUCCCAAAUAUUUACCUCAUUGUAGGAGUAAACAGUGAUGCAAUGACUCAUGCAAAUAAAGGAAAAACUGUAAUGACGGACUAUGAGAGAUAUGAAGCAGUCGCUCACUGUCGUUAUGUUGAUGAAGUGGUCAGGGACUGUCCAUGGGUUAUAGAUAAUGACUUUUUAGAGAAACAUAAGAUUGAUUUUGUAGCCCAUGAUGACCUGCCUUACACAUUAGGAGGGCAUGAUGAUGUUUAUAAAGAUAUAAAAGCCAAGGGAAUGUUCCUGGUUACUCAGCGAACAGAGGGUGUUUCCACAUCUGAUCUGGUUUCCAGGAUUGUGCGAGACUAUGACUUGUAUGUCAGAAGAAAUCUUGCCCGAGGCUAUUCUGCUAAGGAAAUGAACAUAUCUUUUUUAAAUGUAGGAAAAAAAUUUUUGUUACAAAACAAGAUGGAUGCUUUACGUGACAAAGGCAAGAUGCUGGUAGAAAACAUUGAAGGAAAAAGGCAUGGAUUAAUUCAGAAGUGGGAAGAAAAGUCCCGUGAUUUUAUCUCAUCUUUUCUUGACCUUUUUGGUAGCGAUGGAACACUGAAUAACUUGUGGCGAGAGAGUAGUGGCAGACUUCGUAGAGCACUCAGUCCACCAGCAAGUCCUCGAGACCAUUCGACUUCACCAUCACCUUCACCACCACCCAGCAAAAUGUUUAGGUAUGAGGAUGAUGAUGAUGAUGAUGAUGAUUGGUCAGAGAGAAAUAGUGAGAGGUUUAUGUACAUGGAUGAAGUGGCAGAACCAACAGAAUAAUAUCUUGAUUUAACUGUCCAUUUUAGUAAACACCACUUGUUUCAUAUUGUUAGUGUAGUAUUUUUUAAAAAUUGAGGUUACCCCACAUAUAACUUUGAUUCCUUUCAAUGAAUACUUUGACAUAAAUAUGGCUUUCAUUUGCCAUGUUUGAUAAUUAGAUUUUUUUGACAAGACAUAGGAUUCAAGAAACAUGCUUGCUUUUUAAACAUAACACUAAAAUUAUUUUGAUGCUAAAAAUUAAAAAAAAAUAGUUUAGUCAUGACAUUAAAGUUGUAUAAGUGGUGUCAAAUUUAAAACAUGGUUUAAUCCUGAUCCCAGGGUUAGAGAGAGUAUGAUAAAAAAAAAACUUAUUUUAUAGCACUAAUAAUUGACAUGGGUUUUUUUCAAACUGAGAUUAUCUAAUCCAAAGUGUACAAAUAUACCAUUUAUAUGACAGGAUUGUCUUUAACCAGAAGUAUUUGUUGUCUUUGUUAGAAUUCUCACUUUAAAGAAUGGAAUUGUUGUGUCAGGCAUGUUUUGUAUAUUUUUGAAGAGUUAUUAAUGGUGUUGCAUUUCUGAGGUUAUCUGAUUAUAUGUGGAAUGUUAUCAGUUCCUUACAGAGGUGUGUUUUUUUUUUUUUGCACUGGUCCAGCCAAAAAAAUUAUAAGAGAGUAAAUUGUUAGUAAAAUGUCAUGAAAGAUAUUGAUGGAAAGGACAUUUAGUGCAGGAUAUAUUUAUCCAGUAUGGUAACAAUUGAAGAAAGAAUCUGUAUUUUAACCCAAAUUUAUGUUUUCUUACAUAAAAAUGUAUUUUUAUCAUUUGAGAUUAGAUUACUGUAAAGAAAUGUUGUUGUUCCUGGAGAGGUUCCUAGUUAGUUGAAUUUAGAACCAUUAUUUUAUAAUUUCAUUUGUAUAUUUUAAAAAGAUUAUUUGAAUAUAUCAGUUUUAAGAAAGUUUUCUUAUUAAAGUGUGUGUAUAAAUAGGAAUUAUUAUUUGUAUACUAUACAGGGUGUCUGAAAAGUCUGGAACCAUAGGCACUUUAAAGAAUUUUACAGAAUGUGUUCCACAUGCUAUCCUUGUAAUUCAAAACAAGUUUGGAGAUGGUAUUUCCAUUCUCUUUUAACACUGUGAAGUAUAUUUGUGUCAUUGUCAAUGGUCCACACUGCCAGUCUCCUUAAAUAUAGCUAGCCAUUUCCCAACAGCAUUCUCAAUGAUGUUUUUCUCUCUCUGGUUGGCAUGCAUUAAAUUCAGCAGCAACCUUAUGCUGGGACCAACUGUCUUUGCUACACAGCAGGAUUAACUUGACUUUCUGAUGUCUUGACAGUGCCAUAAUCAGUCACAUACCUGAAAGUAAGAAAAGCUGCAAAUCACCUGUGGUUCCAGACUAUUCAGACACCCUCUAGAAAUAAAUAGAUGCUUGCUUUACAUAUUCCAGUGAAAUUUCACCAUAACUUUUUAUAUAAGCCAAAUACUACACACAGGUUGUGAAACAUUAGUGUUAACUGUUAUUUUUAUUGUGGUAUAGAAUGUUUGAGAUGCAUGAAAUACAUGAAAAAAGGAACUGAAGUUGUAGAAAAGUACCAGCAAAACAAUUAUGAAAUUAUGAUAUGAGAGAUUACCCAAUUUUUCAUGAGUAAUGCUUUUACAAAUGGCUUUUAGCCUACAAAAUUUCUGAGGAUAGUGGUAGAAACUAGCUUUAAAAUAAACCAAAUAAAGCAUAAGACUUGACUAUCAGUUUUAAGAAAAAAAUAUUAAAUUGUGUAGUUAUAUUGACCCUCCACAUAUCAAAUUGAAUUCUGAAAAGGUGGAAACUAAUGAGAAAGAAUACCUAAUGGGGAUCUUGGAAGUAGAGAAAGUGAAAGCUUAUCACUGAUUUGUACUCAGGCAUAUGGACAUAUUUUCGGAUUUAAGAACUAUUAAUAUGUAUUUAUAUAGAUAACACUUUGCUUGGCAUCUAUAUUCAUAACUGUAAUCCAAUUAAAAACAUACAUUUGAAUAAGUUAAUUUAUUGAACCACAAUGAAAUAAUAAUAUAAUUAUUUAUUGUUUUUUUCAUAGUGCACAGAAUAAUUUUGAUAUAUUACUAUGUUCCUCGGCAUUCUGACCUAUAGGAUAAUUUUUGUGAUAUGUUUCACGGGCUAGUGUAAUGUAUUGACAGAUGUACACCUCAAAUAUAAGACAUCUAUACUUGUGUAUCAUUGGAGGAUUUUAAUUUUCAUAUUAAUUUUUAGUACAGUAACUACUACUGUUGAUUACAGUGUUUAAUAAAAUUUAUAUGAAAUCUUGUGUAAAGCACUGAAACAGAAGUAUUUAAAGUUAGAUUAAUAAAACUUUUUUGUGUGUCCUAGUUCUGUCAAUAAGGAAACUGACAUUUAUGUAUGACAUCAGAGAUUUUAAAGAUAAAUUAUUAAACAAUAAAACUGAAUUUGAUAAAUAA